GUUUAUUCAAAGUUAUGGACACGAUCUGGCCCAAGCGCACGAGUGGAUGCAGAAAUACUCCAUCAGCAGAGAUGAACGGGCCAUGAGUAAGGCAUGGGAGUUGUACUACCACGUGUUCAAACGCAUUGCAAAGCAACUGCCACAGUUAACGUCCUUAGAGCUGCAGUAUGUGAGUCCAGCCUUGCUGGAUGCCAAAGAUCUGGACCUGGCGGUCCCAGGUACCUACAAAUCAGGACAGGACGUG